AUGGUAUAUACUGUUUCACCAUUUGAUGGAGAGAAGUUCAAUUUGCGUGUUCUUCUUAAUCAUGUCAAGGGGCCAACAGGAUUUGAUGAUUUAUUGACUGUGAAUGGGAUAACCUAUCCAACUUUUAAACAAGCAGCUGAACAUAGGGGUUUACUAGAAAAUGAUAACAGCAUACGACAAUGUCUACUUGAGGCAAGAGACAUUCGAAUGCCGUCAGCUUUAAGAAGAUUGUUCGCAACAAUAUUGGUAUUUUGUUUACCAAUUGGAGUAAGAGAAUUGUGGAAUGAGUUCUAUCCAUAUAUGAUAGAAGAUUACCCAUCAACAUCUGUUACAACAGAGACACAUCGUACAAAUAAACUUCUCAAUGAUUUAGAGGCAUUACUCUUGCAACAUGGAAAGCAUAUUACAGAGUAUGAUUUGCCGAUUUUAACUGGAGAAUGUGACAAUGAUUCAACUAUACCAAGACUCAUUCAAGAUGAGCUAACUAUUCCUAAUAUAGAUGAAGAAUUCACUUUAAUUGAGAAGUUGAAUAACGACGAGAGACUUGCAUAUGAGACAAUCAUGACAGUUAUUGAUCGUAACGAAAGCAUGAUAUUCUUCGUCGAUGGGCCAGGGGGAACUGGAAAAACAUUUUUGUAUCGCACAAUAUUGGCAGCCUUGAGAAAAGCUGGUCACAUUGCAAUUGCCACAGCUACAUCUGGCAUAGCAGCAACAUUACUCCCCGGUGGAAGAACAGCGCAUUCCAGGUUUAAGAUUUCUUUAACUCUAGAUGCUUCAUCUACUUGCUCAAUAAGUAAACAAUCAGACUUAGCUGAGCUUAUUAGACGUGCCACCAUAAUAAUUUGGGAUGAAGCCCCAAUGGUAAAUCGACGUGCACUCGAAUCUUUAGAUAGAACAUUUAGAGAUAUUAUGGAAGUAAAUUUACCUUUUGGUGGGAAGGUGCUAAUUUUGGGUGGAGAUUUUCGUCAAGUACUUCCGGUUGUUCCAAAGGGUACAAAGGCAGAAAUGAUUGAUGCAUGCAUAGUCAAGUCCCCAUUAUGGAAAGAUGUCAAAGUGUUACAUUUGAAGCAGAAUAUGAGGUCUAGCAAUGAUGAAGAGUAUGCUGAGUACAUACAACACAUUGGUGAUGGGAAUGAACCAUAUAUAAUUGAUGAUUUGAUUAAACUACCCCCUUCAAUGGCAAUGGAAUGGGAGGGUCAGCAUUCUAUAUACAACUUGAUUGAUCAAGUUUUUCCAAAUUUACAAGACCAUGUCAAUGAUGCAAGGUAUAUGGUUGAUAGGGCUUUGCUAACACCUAUAAAUGAUGAUGUUGAACAACUUAAUGCAAAGAUAAUUUCUUAG